UAAUAAUUGUUUAAUUUGCAUCAUUUUUCAAGGUGAGACUUAUCGCAGCUUGGCCUACAUAUUCCGAGUGGGAGAGACAACCAUUGGACUGUUGGUCCCCAAGACCUGCAGUGCAAUUUACCAAGUACUACAGCCAGAGUUCUUGAAGUGUCCACAGACUAAGGAGGAGUGGAAAAGCAUUGCCAAAGGGUUUCAAGAAAAAUGGAACUUCCCCAACUGCAUAGGGGCAUUAGAUGGGAAGCACAUCAACAUCCGACCUACCAUACAUUCAGGCAGGCAUGUACACUUGAUCAGAGCAUGCGGGCCAGGACUGCAAACAUACCAGAUCCAACACCAUAUCCAGGGGAUGAUACUCCCAUGGCCUACACAAUCGUAGCUGAUGAUGCCUUUCCCCUAAGAGAUGAUAUCAUGAAACCCUACCCUUAUCGUUCAAUGGAGCUGGACAAACGUGUCUACAAUUACAGGCUGUCUCGUGCCCAAAGGGUAGUUGAGAACGCUUUUGGGAUCAUGGCAAACAAAUUCCGAGUGUUUCUGACUACCAUCGCCCUCCCACCAGAGACUGUAGACAAAAUAGUUAUGGCAACAUGCGCCCUUCACAACUAUCUGCACGUUAAGAUUGGGACUGGGUAUGUUGCAAAAGUUGGAGACAGUGAGGAUCCUGGAACACAUGCUAUAACCGCGGGUUUGUGGCAUAAAGAUCCACAGCUUGAACAGGCAGCUCUGAAACCAGGUACAAACCCCACGAAGAAGGCCAAAGCUCAUAGAGAUCUGCUGAAGUCGUACUUUAAUUCUGAGCUGGGGCCUGUUGACUGGCAGUGGGGCAAAUGCUAGAUUCGUUGCAGGAUAAUAAAAUGCAAUUCUGAUGAAAAGGAAAAAUGCUGUCACAUAGUGAAGUGAUGAAAGAAUUAAAAAAUGAUAAAAUAAUUUGUGUUUAUUAGUUAUUUGUCCCAUCAAAUAAUUCCAGUGUAAUAAUUAUUUCUGACAUUUUAUAUAUGUUUAUAUAUGAAUGAGAAACGAUCAGAAUAAUUUCAGCAUAUUAUUAAUUUCCCCCAUGGCAUCUCUUGUAACAUGUAUUUUAUAUUUUAUAUCUG